CAACGAUCUAAGAGUAUUGGAAGGAGUUGGAAAAUACAAAGAAGAAGAUUAAGUUCAACAAGUUCUCUUGUACUUAAAAAAUCACGAAAAGAGGGGAAGAAGAGUAGUCAUAAGAGUGUGCAUAAGUCGAAAUCUAAAAGUGGUAGUAACAAGGGGAGCUCAAAAUCUUCCCAUAAGAAAUCUAAAUCCAAAUCGUCAGUGAGCAAAUCAAAGAGUAAGCAUAAAAGUAAAUCUCACAUUAAAAGCAAGACUAGCAUUCACCAGCAACUGGAAAAUGACUGCUGUGGUUGCUUAGGAGGGUCAAAUAAAAACAAGAGAAGAAACGCACCGGCCUCCAUAGGUGGUGAUUAUUCCAAAUCGCAAAAUACUACUAGGAGCAGCGCUCCCAUGAUGCAAAAGAUGCCUCCUAACAUGGCAAGAGACAAAAUGCAAACGAAUACUUCUUCCGACCCUCGAUACAAACAGGCAUACUAUGUUCCGCCUCAGAUGAUUCCUCAAGAAAGACAAACGCAACCAGCCCGCUCAAAUUCCCCACCUAGUCCACCUGAGUUACCGCGAGACAGCGUUCCAGAGGAUAGGGUGAACUUGCAACAUUUAUCUACUCCUGCAGAGCCGGUAGCAGUUAUCCCAACGAUACAAGUAGAACAAAAGAGAGAGUCUUCUCCGGAACCUGUCGCUCAAAAUACUCCGGAAAGAAGCGAAACCAGAAGCGAAGAUGAUGAAGAAAAGAAAAGAAAAAAGGACAAUAAAGACACACCUGAAGAAGAUGAAGAAAACAUAGAGGAAGAUGAUAAAAAGAGAAAAGGAUCUGCUCUUGUUGAGACCUUUAAAAGAGAGCGAGAAUUUGAGGAGUACGGCUCACAGUUUAAACAAGAAAAUUCAUUCUUCGUACAAAAUGGGAAAUCGACCGAGAAAGUGGUCAAGAAACCAAAAGAAAAAUUCAAUUUCCAGAAAGAAGCGGAAGAAAGUUCACUAGAUUCAAAUGAGCGGAAGAUAAAUUACCGUUACCGCAAAAGAAAUCGUCGUUUAAUACCAUUUUUUAUCCAAAAAAAUUAUUCCACAGUUAAGCCGCCUUUUGACUUGGAUGAUCCUUGGUUUAUUAUGGCUGAUGAAAAUUUGUUAUUAAAAAGCUCAAGGCCAUUUCAAAUCAUCCAAAGAGAACUUGAACAAAUGCUGGAGGAUGAAGAUGAGCUGAUUAAUAUAUUUGACGAAACCAAACAGCUAAAGAGGGAAUAUUCGAAUGCCGAUGGAAAAUUUAGGAACAAAAUUAAAUAUCUAAAGGAUCUUAGGUCCCAAUCGAAAAAUCUAUACGGGAUGACAACAAAUGGAGGAAAUGGAAACGAUAGCGAUGUUUAUACUACAAUCUUGAAUAAGGUGGCUAGUAAAGCUUCACAGUUCUCUUCCAAAUGGGUGAAAUCUGAUCCUAAAGUGUCCGCUUCUAAAUUAUUCAAUAACUUCUCUAAAACUACACCAUCGCAUGAUGAAAAGGCUAAUCAAAAUAUAGAGAAAUGUAUUGAGGAAAGGGCAUGGGCAGAGGCAAAACGACAUCCAAUAAUUUCAGACCAGAACGCAAUUAAAAAACGAGAAGAAGACAGAAAGAUAUUUAUCGAGAAUCUUAUGAUACAAUGUCGCUAUGAAGGCCUAACUAGAGGAAAAUUUCACAUGCCAGUAGCUGAUUUUGCAUUUGCUGUUCCCGUUCCGAAAAGGGGUGAGACGAUAAUGACUGGAAUGCACUCCUUAAAAAUGAUCUAUUGUAAACAUUGGGAACAAACGACCAAUAAACCGAGAAACGUGGACGGACUGGAGAGAACACUUUCCUCCCUGGAAUUUAUCGAUCCAAAUACAUUAGAAUUACCCAACGACAAACUUACAGGCAAUAAAGUUCUGAUUGGGAUGGGUAAAAAUGCAAUUUAUAUUGGAGGAUAUAUGGACGAAAGUUUGAUCAAAGAAAUGGAUGAGUUCUCCGGUGAACAUGCACCCAUGAAAUGCCGAAAUAGCGAUGGAAAGUUGGGAGUUGUUGUAAAAUUGUACAGAAACAAUCAAGGUAAAGGCCUAACCGCAAUUGAUCUAGUUAAAGAAGCAACGGUAUUAGAUUACGUUAAUAGGAAUGUACCCUAUGCUGGACCAACUCUUAUGGGCUUUGUUAGUAUGAGUUACUCUGAUGAGUACCUUCCAAUAGGUAUUGUCACGGCGUUGAUCGGUGAUCCAGACAAUUUUGAGGUAGCCACUCUUGACAGAAUUCUUCUUCAAGAAGUUAUCUCAAGGGAAGAGAGAGGUGACAAGAUACUAGAAGAUUGGAGAUGGGUGAAGAUACUUCUCAAACUAACGAAAAUACUUCAAAGAUUACAUAGAAAACUUAUCAUUAUCAACAAUUUAAAAUUAAAUAAUAUAGUAAUGAGAUAUGUUGAAGGUCGAGGAUGGUCUUGUCCUAGGCCAACUAAUUUUGCUAAAGCGCAUAUGCUGAGUGGUGUAAGAGAUUGCUUAUUUGAUAAUAAAAUUCCAACUAAACACGCUGGAGGCGAUCAAAUUUUCAAGAAAGCAGUACCAACUACUUUUGAGACGAAUAUUUCUCAACUUGGAAAAAUUAUCAGAGACGUUAAUUUGGCUUUAAGUUUAGGCCUAGAGGGCAUAGUAGAACAUUGUCAGAGUUCUACGCAAAUAGAAGAUUACUGGUCAACUUGUCGAAUAAUAGAGGCUUUGGAAGGGGCUAUGACUGAUUUGAAAUUGCAAUCAUUACAUAAUCGAGAGAGAGUUAAAAGUAAUAGCAAUUCAAAAGAAAUUUUGCCCUUAAGUCGAGUUCAAAUUGAUAGUUUAAAGUCAGACAAAGACUUUAUAACCAGGAACAAAAGAAAAAAUGGAUAUGACGAUGAGAAAUCAAAAACAAGUACUUUCCAGAGGCUAUGUCCUCAUACACUGUGCCCUCAGUGGAGAUGUUUUAAUCCAAAAAGUUGGAUUAUUAGCAAAUCUUAGUGGAUACGAGAAUGUUUAAAGAUGUAACAUUGUUGCUGCAUUUUUAUUGACUUCCAAUAUUUACCCUUCCCUUUGUUGUUAAUUACGUAAUUAAUUCUCUUAAUUCAUUUGUGAAGAAUAUGAUAGUACAUUAGGAAACUCUUGUUUUUCCAUAAUAACUAUAAUAUGAUUAUCAGUUUAUCGUCGUAAAAAUUUACAAAGGAAAAUGUGAA